AUGAAUCAGUCAGUCGCCGCUCUAGAUCCAGGGGGAGGUGGAAGUGGAGGGUAUCCCGGUAACGUUGGUGCAUCACCAGGAGGAAACAACUAUUCAAAUUCACGACCGAAUUCCGGUAAUUACUUUGCGUACCACCAGCCACAGAGGCCUCAGGUUGAUGACGAAACCUUGUCCAACACCUUAGCCAAUACUCAUAUAGUUCCGCCUCAAACCGAUAACUACCAAAUCAACAAUCGCCAACCUAAAUUUACCGAGGAGUGGGAUGCCAGCGUGAGAGGAGGAUCCAUCGCCGAAAGCCAGGCCUCCCAGCAGAAUCACUAUCAACAUUCUACUAUGCAGCGCUCCAAUUCUAUGUCGUCGCGACCUGAAGUUCUUACUACCGGCGAUGCCUCGAGCACACACGCCAUCUCCCUAGCGAGGGGCAAUACCUUGAAGAAGAAGAGUUCGCUGAGAAGAGCUGGCAGUCUCAAGCGCAGUAGUAGUCGCAGGAGCAUGAAAGCUGGUAGUGUUAGAAGCCUGGCUUUGCAGAGCUCCCACGACUCUGAUGAAGUCCAUAGUGCAUUCUACUGUCCUGUGCCGACCACGGGCAAUCCUACGGACAUUCUCGCCAACAGAUUUCAAGCUUGGCGCAAAACCCUCAAGGAUCUCAUUGCAUACUUUAGGGAAAUACAGUCGCACUACGAACAUCGAUCCAAGUCACUCCUCAAGCUUGCCAACGUUCUAAACAACACCUCCACGCCCCCGGGCUUCCUUUCGUCCGGCGGAUUAGACGAUGCGAUCCAAAUCCUGAGAAACUACCACAAGAAUGCGAUUUUAGAGGCCAAUAAGGCUCGCGACAUCGAAGAAGAUGUUAUUCUGGCACUGACUGGUUUGAGAAGUGAUCUUAACCAGAAGAUUAAGGAGAUUAGGAGCUUGUCUAGCGAUUUCAAAAACUCUGUCGAGAAGGAGAUGGACGGAACUAGAAAAGCCGUCAACGCAUUACAGGAAGUAUUGGGACAGAGUGAACUGGACUCCUCCAUGACUACGGGCAAACAGGAUCCCUAUCUUUUGCGACUCGCGGUGGAUCGCCAAGUUGAGAGACAGCUCGAUGAGGAAAAUUAUUUACAUAAGGCGUAUCUCAAUCUAGAAUCAUCGGGCAGAGAGCUUGAGGCAAUUGUGGUGGGCGAAAUUCAAAAGUCCUACAAUGCCUACGUUGGCAUUCUUAAACGAGAGGCGGAUGCAAGCUACAAUGCCAUCGACGACCUCCGCGCUGGCCCCAUUGCGAUGCCCAAGGAUCACGAAUGGGUCAGCUUUAUCCAGAGGGAUGCGCAAUUUGUCGAUCCCGACGUCCCCAUGAGAUCUGCAGAGCACAUUCAUUAUCCUGGAAGAGAUCACUUUGCUUGCCAAGAGAUUCGCGCAGGUUUGCUCGAGCGCAAGAGCAAGUAUCUCAAGAGUUACACGGCUGGAUGGUAUGUGUUAUCGCCUACCCACCUACACGAAUUCAAGUCGGCGGACAAGACUCAAGCACCUAUUAUGUCGCUGUUUCUGCCCGAGCAGAAACUUGGCUCUCACUCCACUGAGGGCGGUUCGUCCAAUAAGUUCAUCCUAAAGGGGCGACAGACAGGAGCCAUGCAUCGUGGCCAUACUUGGGUAUUCCGUGCUGAAAGUCAUGAUACGAUGAUGGCUUGGUACGAGGAUAUCAAGGCCCUAACCGAGAAGAGUGCCGAAGAGCUAAGCAAUUUCGUCCGAGGCCAUGCUCGCACGUACUCACGAUCCUCGCAGCGCACCACUAGUUCUGAUGGCAUGGUGGACGAGGACGAUGACGAGCCCUUCUUGGUUGAUCCUGCUGUCGCUACCCCGGGUUCUCGACAGGACUCUCUCCAGAACAGACCUGAGCCAGGUGGGCGUUUCCCCUCUGACAUCCAGAUAAACGCACAGAGAGGUUUACAAGCCCCACGAUCUCCUAGCAGUGUAGGCUCGGGAUAUGCCAUCAACGAGUACGCGAUGGGCGGCGCGAACAUGACGAACAUGCAAGACCGAGAUAUGGCCGCAGCCAUCGGGGCGGUACCGAGCAGCAGUUACAAUGAGCCCUAUCCGGGAAAUCGGGCAUCGCUGGUUGGUCAAUCCUACGGCAAUACGCCGAGCGUCAAAUUGGAGCAGGCGCAUAGUCAUGCAGCAGUUAUUGACCAAGAGGCGCGAGCAGAUGGCGUGAACCCGUAUAACGCAGAACCCAUUCAUCAGCGAAGUAUGUCGAACAGAAUGUCUGGCGUACCGGUCGUUAUCCCCGGACCAGGGUCUACGAGCACCAACCAGACUCUAGAGUCUACCACUAGUCAAGAUUCCGGUAACCCUGGCGCUUAUGAGGUGGUUUCCGAUGGUCAGCAGAAGUACGCGCCGGCUCCUGUAGCUUAUGCUACUGGCAAUGGUGUCAUGAAGCCGCUACCUACACCUGCCACAGGCAUGCAGUUCUCAGUUCAGAACGGACAAGCCAGACCCUAUGGCGACAGAACGAAUAGCAUCCCCCAUGUCCCUGGGGAGUACCCUCGAAGCACUCCCGGCGGAACGCCAGGCGUCUAUUAG